AUGAGUCAGAUUCGAAUGUGCUUCGGUGCUGCGCAAAAAAUUAUGUUAUCAGACGGUAGUUCUAAACAAGCCGAAAACAUUUCUAUCGGAGACAGCGUAAUAGGUGACGAUGGAGAAUCACGAAAAGUUGUUUCACUUACUUCUGGUCGUAGCAUGAUGUACCAAGUUACUUACGAUUAUACAAAUUCGUUAGAUAAUUUAUGGGAAGAUUAUGGAUUUAUUUGCAAUAGUGCUCACCUUCUUGUAAUUAAAUCACAAUAUUAUCCACGUACCGAACUGAACUCAACACAAAAUGCAUUUUGUAUUCAUUAUAUGGAAUUCGAUGUUUUUGAUGAGGAACUCGGAUUUAACAUUCCGAAAUUAAAUGUUGUUAAUUUCCCAUGGAACAGAAAUGUAUAUAGAUCUCGUGCUAUUGCAAAGACUGCUGCGCGUGCAUAUUAUAGUAAACUGUUAGGAAAAGGAUGUAAGGGACGAAUUUGUCUUCAUCCUGCUGCUAGGCGUUGGGUUAUCAGACUUACCCGUAGAUCAACUAAAUUCAAGGAAAUUAAUUUUAACACAUUGUGUUUUUAUUGGGGAGGACGUCCAGAUAGAGAGCAAAUAGUUACACGAGAGGAAGCCGAAAAAAAUGCUUCAAAAUUCGCUACAGAACAAUUAAAAAAAAAUAACAAUUACAUUUGGGAAAUUUCCGUUAUAGAUUUUCUUCGUUUUAAGGAAAAGUAUCCCGAUAUUGCACAAUAUUUUGGAAUGUACAGGAGUUACGUGCCCAGGUUUCCUGAUCAAAGUGCUCUUGAUAUAAAAGUUCUAAUUCAAGAAGCUUACAAAGAAUUUAGUGUUAAGGAUAACUACAUCACUGAAAAUGAAUUUGGUUGGUUAUUAUCUUUUUGGCUUGGAGAUGGUUUGGAAGAUUAUCCAGCGUUUUAUUUUGAUGUGAAAAAAUAUCCUAACAUAGUAGCCAAAUUAAAAACAAUUAGUGAAAAAUUACGAUUACAACUUGUGAUCACACAUGAUAGUAACCAAGUUGGUGAAUAUUUGAAUAUAUUGCUUUCUUCGGCGUAUAAAAGUACUUUUAGUCCAACACAAUAUUGUGAUGAAUUUGAAAACAUUAUUGUGGACAAAGAUGUUUGGACUUUGGAAUCUAACAAAAGUGAUAGAAAUAUUUUCAGCAUUCUUCUAAAACAUUUGGGUGUAUUUAAGAAUAAGAAAAUGUUUGAUGACGAAUUAAUUGGAAAAUUAACAAAUCAAUCUGAGGAGUUCCGUCUAAGUCUCAUGGCUGGAUUCAUUGAUUCUGAUGGUUACAUGACUCGUAAUAAGCAAAAUUACUGUUAUUACGUGUUUGUACAACAAGUUAAUAUUCAUGCACAUAUUGCUAAGCUUUGUCGUCAUGUUGCACGUUCAUUAGGAAUAAGUGCUAUUGGAUAUUCUUACUACAAUAAGCAAUUUCCCAAUAAUGAUGAAAUUACAAAUUUAGUUCGAAUUAUAAUUAGUGGAUCGAAAAUAUUGGAAAUCCCAGUUAAUGUUAGCUAUAAAUGUAUUCCUGAAGAUUACUUGUUUGUGGCAUUUGAUGAUCCAAACGGCUUAAUAAAAUUUAAAAUUGAACACCUUAAUGAGGACGAAUAUUAUGGCUUUGAGAUUACUGGAAAUAAUAAACGAAUAUUGUUGAAUGAUUUUAUAUGA